AUGGUUGAAGACAGCUCGCAGUUCCAGAAAUCCAAAUUGCAACAGGAUAUCAUGUCGGAGAACUACGACCCGGGCGAGGGGCCUUCCAACGCCAACUUGCAGGAUAAAUGCUCGCUUUGCGACUUUGCUACACGCAAUAGGCAAGACAUCAUUCAACAUUUGACUAAACACAUCUCGUCGAAAACUAGCAACAGCGUGAAACUCAUCAACAUAGCAUUAAACCAGCUGCGGCACUUCCAUAACCAGGAAAAGCACUCCACGUCGUCAAGGAAUGACAACCAAGACGAAGACAAAUGUGCUGCAGAGCCCCGCACCAACACCCAACGCAAGGUGAAGACCUUCUCUUGCAAACAUUGUGAUUUCAAGACGGUGACAAAACUUGAGUACUGGAGUCACAUACGGACCCAUAUUAAAUCGAGCAAGCUGAUGUCUUGCUACAGAUGCCCAUUCGUGACUGAGUACAAACAUCAUCUUCAGUACCACCUGUUGAAUCACACUGGUGCGAAGCCGUACAAGUGUACCAUAUGCGGGUACACAUGUGUGAACAAGGCUAUGCUCAACAGUCACAUGAAGUCGCACUCGAGCGUCUAUCAAUAUAGAUGCAAGGAUUGCGACUACGUCACCAAAUACUGCCACACGCUCAAGCAACAUCUGCGAAAGCUUAACCACAAGCCAGCGGCAAUACUCAACGUGGAUGGCACAUUGAGCCCGGCGGUGAUCGAUGUGUACGGCACGAGACGCGGUCCUAAGCAGAGGCCAAAGAUCAGCGACAGUAAAACGUCGAGAUCGACAGCCACUGCGACGGAAGAGCCGAGCACGAGCACCGCCACGCAAACGAUGGCCAGCGGUGACGAAAGUAACAACAGCAACAGCAACGACAACGUCCAGCCGUCCACAUCGACGGCAUCGCAAAUGUCAUCGCAGGCGUUGUCGUCAAUGUCGUCUGGAUCGGCGUCCGUAAAAGUGCCCUCGUUCACCUCAGGCGUCACGUUAACCAAAAUGUUCAGAAGGGGUAACAACCUGAUGAAACAGAAAGACGAGCAAACGAACCAGGAAAUGCCCCAUUUUUCGUUCCAACGGUAUCUAUUCACGCUGAACAUGGAGACGCAGCUAUUGCCAAGCAGCAGUUCCGGCUGCAACGAAACUUCGAAGAUAGCGGCGCCCAGCGACAAAGCGGAACUGCAGAGCUCCGAAGGCGCAGAAAAGAAAAUGACGACUCCAGCGACGAGUACCGCGAAGGUCGACAAGUACAAGAGUCUCGAAGGCUCCACAAUCGAGAUCACGCCGUUGGACUUGAGGAUAAAUCCCUCGCUGAGGAAGGAGUUCGACGCUAGCAAGCUGACGCAUCAUCAGUCAUCGUUGAAUAUGAUGAACUUGCCGAAGGUAGCUGGUACCGUAAGGAGACGUAAGGGCGUCGUCACCAAGCAUCGGAUAGUGGGAAAGGAAGAGGACACGGACGAGGAGACGAUGCAGAAUGAGAAGCGACUCUGCCAGUCGGCCUCGCCACAGGCCACGUCCAUUCCGUCGACCUCGUUCGUGGCGGCUCCCACUCCGUCAACCUCGGUCAUAGCCGCGUCGACGGCACCGUCGUCCUCCCCGGGAAAGGACUCUGCCGGCGACUCUGCGUGCCCGGGUCAGAAGUACGAGGGGACAUCGACGCAGAGCGAAUCGCCCAGCAGCCAGGAUCGCUUCGUGUGCUUACACUGCGAUAUACCGUUCCCCGACCAGACGGUAUACAUUGCACACGCGCGUUAUCACAGCAUCGUGGAGCCCUUCACGUGCAAUAUGUGCGGUACUUCGUACGGCAACAUGCAAAAAUUUAAUUUGCACAUCUUCGAGAAUAAGUGUUUCAAACAGCACAAGAUCGCGAGCAUCAGCUCAUUGCACGGUUGA